AGGACACACUGGAGAAAGCCUGAAUUCUUAAUCUUUGAAGAAAAAAUAUUAUAAGGAAAAUGAUAUUCAAGCUAUCACUCAUCAGCCUUUUCAUUCUAUUUGUUGAUAACACUUCGAGGACAAUGAUUGCCUCAAGUUCUACAACAGUUAAGAAUACCAUGAUGAUUCUGAAUUCUAAGACAACUUCAAAUUCCAAUACAAAUGUUCAAAUGACCUCAAAACCUCGGAGGAGCCCGAAUUCUGCGACAACUCCAAAUUCCAAUACAAAUGUUCAAAUGACCUCAAAACCUCGGAGGAGCCCGAAUUCUGCGACAACUCCAAAUUCCAAUACAAAUGUUCAAAUGACCUCAAAACCUCGGAGGAGCCCAAAUUCCGCGACAACUCCAAAUUCCAAUACAAAUGUUCAAAUGACCUCAAAACCUCAGAGGAGCCCGAAUUCUGUGACAACUCCAAAUUCCAAUACAAAUGUUCAAAUGACCUCAAAACCUCAGAGGAGCCCGAAUUCUGCGACAACUCCAAAUUCCAAUACAAAUGUUCAAAUGACCUCAAAACCUCGGAGGAGCCCAAAUUCCGCGACAACUCCAAAUUCCAAUACAAAUGUUCAAAUGACCUCAAAACCUCAGAGGAGCCCGAAUUCUGUGACAACUCCAAAUUCCAAUACAAAUGUUCAAAUGACCUCAAAACCUCAGAGGAGCCCGAAUUCUGCGACAACUCCAAAUUCCAAUACAAAUGUUCAAAUGACCUCAAAACCCAGAAGGAGUCCGACUUCUGAGACAACCCCAAAGACAACUACAAAUCUCCGAAAGAGUUCAAAUCCCAAGAUGAAGAAAAAUUCUAUAACAACCCUGAAUUCCAAGACAAGUCUGAAAAUAGCAAUGGUCUCAAAGAUAUCCACCACCAAGAAUACGACAACUAUGAAAAGUGGUGGCACCACAAUGAAUCCAAAGGACAGCAUUCACUUUCUUUUCUAUGUAAUCUUUUUGCUGUUUUGUGUGCAAUGAAGCUGAAGUGGACUUGAACUGUCUGCAUUCCUAUCUCAAUUCUUUAUCAUCUGCUGAAUGACAACAAGCAUACUAGGAAAAUCAAAUUUAUUUCAACUUGCUACUAGGAAAUUAUCAUUAUCCUAGCUUAAUUUGGUUUGCAAACUUUAAUUGUGUAAGCCUAAUUAUUACCUUAAUGUGGCUUCCUUCCUUGUAAAUGCUAAAAAAAACCAACAAAAAACCCCAAUGUUUACAAAAUUGAAUUGAAAAUCAGAUUUUUAUAUUAAAGGCGUAAGAGAAGAAAUUAAGUUGGUGUUUAACCAAAGUAUGCUUCUGUGUGUGUGAGAGAGGAAUAGGGGUGGGAGAUGAGGAGUGACGUGUGUUGUUCUUAUUUUAUUCUUUAUUAAAUACAAAAAAGUACUAGUGUAAUAAGUAGAAACUACAGUUCUUUAUGAAACAAUACACCUGUGUCACUAUAUUUCAUGAAUAUAUAACAGUAAUAUGUUGUUACAGUAAAAAAGAUGCCUAUUCGGCUAACCUUUGUAAUGCAUUAAUUCACCUGCUGCAAUUAAAAGAUUC